GUGCAGUAAAUUAUUACUCAGCUGAUCAUGUGAGUUUUAUUGGAUUUUGCCAGCGUAAAGUUCAACGUUUUAUUUGGGAAAAUCCGGACGUAUCGUUGCUGUCACAAUGGAUUUUGUCAUUACACACACAUGGGAUAGCCUGGCAGUAAACCAUGACCCUGUGACCCUGAAGCUGGCAGCGGGAGAUGGAGGGUUGGUAAUGGAAGUGCAAGCUUCAUUUUUUAAUGAUCCUCCAGCACCAGCAGGUGCCCCAGGAGAGCCUUUUCCUGGCCUGUGGGAUUAUGAAGUUGUUGAAGCCUUCUUUUUAAAUAGCACCACAGAACAAUACUUGGAGGUCGAAGUCUGUCCUCAUGGGCAGCAUUUAUUGUUAUUACUCUCUGGAAAAGGGAAUGCAUGGAAACAAGGGCUAAACUUAGCAUAUGAGGCUUCCAUUUAUGGAGACAAAUGGAAAGGGAAAGCACUCCUUCCCUGGAGCUAUUUUCCACCCGACGUGGAUAAAAUGAAUUCAUAUGCAAUUCAUGGAUCUGGCAAUGGAAGGACUUAUGAAGCCCUGUACCCAAUACCGAGAGAUGAGAUAGAAGAGGGGCAAGGUCCAGACUUCCAUCGCCUGGAAUACUUCCAAGAUUUCAGUCUCAAAGACAUUAUGGGACCGAACUGGACGCAGCCCGAAUCAGAACUCUGGAAGGAAUGCUAAUGAUUAGCCAAAAUAAUGAUAAUUCAUUCAAUUUAUUAAUCAGAAUAAUCAAAACAUUAUUUUCCAGCAAACAUAUAAUAACAAUAAAUACAUUUGCUGUAUUUCGUCUAACCUCUUCCACUAUCCCUAUUUGAACAAAGUGACAUGGGAGGCCACCUACCAUAGAGAAUACCAGUCAGAAUAUAUUUUAGUCUGGCUAUAGCAACCACAACAUUUGGCGUUUUAGAGGAAAAGGGAAGUACAGUAUCUGACCAAAAUUGGGGAAAAUGUGUCCCAUUGAGUGAAAGCAUCAAUAAUAAUCAUUGGAUUAAUCAUAUCACACAUAGUGUGGAAGUGAUUAGAAAUGACUUUUUUAUUUUUUUAAUCCUGUCAAACUGGUGUAUAAGAACACCAAAAAUAAAAAAAAAAUAAUGCACGAUUCAGACCAAAUCAGCAGAAAGGAAAGUUUAUUUUUUAAUGAUUCUCUGGCGCCACCUUGUGACCAAGAAAUGAGAAACUGAAAUAAAGCUUAACUUAAAUAACAGACAGUAUUAAAACACAACUGUGAAGGGGCGAUGUGUGCUGUAUUUGAAAGGUAAUUGGUUGUAUCAGGAACUAACAUUUAAAAUAAAUCUGAAUUCCAACUAAUAACAAGGAAUAUUAUGCCUGUCUUCUAGUCUGAGAUUGAGUGCUUGUUAAGUGCUGGUUGGAUCAUUGUAUUUAAUUAAAAAAAUAAAAUAAAAACAGCAGAGGGUCUGGUUUCAGUGAUACUUAAGAUCUGUGAAAACUACAGAAAGUGAUUGUAGAUUUUAUUUGAAGGCUUGCACCGCUGGCAAAUGUUUACAUUUAUUUGCACAAUUGAUCAAACAGUGUUGGAUAAAAACCCUUGCUGGCAUGUUAGCUUAUUUUACAAACCCAAAUCCACUAAAGACAUGCACACUCUCUGCUUUGAUUUUCAAGCCCUUCACACGUGCCCCUAUAUUAAUAAUUACUGGUAUUUUAGAUCCACCACUGUUUAGAUCA